UAGCGGCUAGCUAGUUACGCAGUAGCAGUUUCGCGUCGGGCAGCUAGUAAAACAUUGGAUAAAUGCCUUAGGAAACAUUUUCUCGCCUUCUUCACAUGGAAUGAAUGUUGUCCAUUAAUUUCCGUGGACGUUUGUAGUUAGAAGUAAUUGUGAAUUCACCGAUGUUCACGCCAGACACAUUAUUUUCAGCAGCUCCAUUUCCCGUUUUGAGCAAGCCAGCUAACGAGCUAGCGCAGUUAUAGUCAACUGAAGAUGGCCUGUUAGCUUACGCCUAGGAUGGCAAAUUGGAAGAGAGAUUCGAGCAAGGAAGCCUAGACUCUGCAUGGCAAGGGACUAGCAGCAGUGGGUGUGAGCAGCUAAACAGCCAAGACCACCAGUAGCAACAUGGCGUCCCGCCAGAGGAACUCUGUCCGCAUCCUGUCUAAUCGGGAGCGAGGUUCCCAGACCUUUGGCUCCCAGCGGCUCCUGCAGCAGCUGGUGGAGGAGAAAGUCCGCUGGAUGAAAUGGCAGAGUCAGAAAGUGGAGCUGCCGGACAGCCCUCGAUCAACGUUCCUGUUGGCAUUCAGCCCUGACCGGACCCUUAUGGCCUCCACACAUGUCAAUCAUAACAUUUAUAUAACGGAGGUGAAGACUGGAAAGUGCCUGCAUUCCUUAGUGGGCCACCGCAGAACCCCCUGGUGUGUGACCUUUCACCCCACAAUCCCCGGCCUGGUGGCCUCCGGGUGCCUUGAUGGCGAAGUCCGCAUCUGGGAUCUGCACGGUGGGAGUGAGAGUUGGUUUACUGAGAGCAAUGUUGCCAUCGCCUCCCUUGCCUUCCAUCCGACUGCUCAACUUCUUUUAAUCGCUACCAACAAUGAGCUCCACUUCUGGGACUGGAGCCGCCCUGAACCCUUUGCUGUGGUCAAGACCGGCAGUGACACCGAGAGAGUCCGGUUGGUGAGGUUUGAUCCUCUGGGUCACAACCUCCUGACAGCGAUAGUGAACCCAUCGAAUCAACAGAAUGAGGAGGACUCAGAGGUUCCUAUGGACAGUGUUGAGAUGCCUCACUUUCGCCAACGCUCCUUUCUGCCAUCCCAGCCAGUUCGCCGUACACCCAUCCUCCACAACUUCCUCCACAUCCUGUCAUCUCGCUCCCCAGGGGCUCAGGCUGGAGGCGAGCAGCCACGCCCUGUUGGUGAUGGCGGCAGUACUGUUGGAGAAUCUCCUGGUUUGCCUUUGGCGCAGUUCCCCAGCUCCGAGCGUGGGCCUCCCUUUCCUGGCUGCACCCAGCACCUGGGCAUGGUGUGCCUGUGUAGUCGCUGCUCUGUCAAUCGCAGCCCUUCCCUGGUUGCAGAUGUUUCCCCAGCCAGUCCCUCUGAUCCCAGGGUGACAUCUGACACUCUCCAGCCUCCUCCCGCUUCCACUUUCUCGUCAGCUCGCACGGAGCCCAGGCAGCCAUCAGAGCGCCCCUCUGCCUUUACCUCGGUCUAUUAUAGCGCCGGCACUUCUCUUCACCGCACUACACCAAGUGGCGCUGAGCCCCAUCCCUCUGCCAGGCCGGGCCCUGACUGGACACGCAGCCUGCUGAACAUGAGGGAGGGUGGGGCAGGAGCUAGCAUGCUGCCACCUAGGACCAGCUCCUCCUCCUCAGUCAGCCUCCUGUCAGUGCUCCGUCAGCAGGAUGCUUCGUCUCACUCCCCUGUCUAUACCUCAGCCACUGAAGGGAGGGGCUUCCCCCCACAGGGAGCAGAGCUUGCGGGCAGAGGAGGUGCUGGUACGAGCAGUGGGCAUCACCCAUUCUGGGAUGGCUCCCGCAGCAACACAGCCUCCUUCCGCAACGUGCUGCAGUGCAACUUGAGCCGCUACUUCAUGGAGUUUGACCGAAUGCAGGACCUUGAGUCACCACUAGGGGGUAGCGUGGGGGAUGGCACCCAGGAGCAGAGCCAAGAGUUGCUGAACAAUAACAUGGACCCAGACAGACCUGGGCCAUCCUCCUCCUCCCCCACCAUCAUCCACUACCAGCCCCCCCUCCCUCCUCCUCCCUCCCACAGCUUGGAGAACACUGUUCCUCCUACAGCCUCUCGAGGCCAUCUGAACCGCUGCCGGGCUUGCCACAAUCUGCUGACCUUCAACCAUGACUCUCAGCGCUGGGAGCGUACCAGCCAGGCCUCCUCCACCUCUGCCUCCACUCUAGAGCCCUCUGCCUCCUUCUCUUCUUCAUCCCCCUGGCAACAUGAAGAGGGCAGGAGGGUGCUAGAGGUGCAGACCCAAGAUAGGAGGGCACCACCAGAGCUCAGUGAGCAGCAGCUUCCUGCUGGAGGUGGAGGAGCAGGAUCAGUGGCCUUCCCCAUAGCCCCAUCCUCCACCCAGCCUGGCGAGCAAACUGUGGGCUUGGUGUACAACCAGGACACAGCGCAAUGGGAGAGGGUUUAUCGGCAGGCAGCUGCUAGCCGCUCGGCAGAGCCACCGGAGGCCUUAAGCCAAGAAAUGCCUGUAGAUCCCCCAGAUGAGGACUCACUGAGGAGGAGACUGUUGGAAUCAUCUCUAUUGUCUUUGUCUCGCUAUGACGUGGCAGGAUCCAGAGACCAUCCCAUUUACCCUGAUCCAGCCAGGCUAUCUCCAGCAGCUUACUACGCCCAGAGGAUGAUCCAGUAUCUGUCCAGGCGGGACAGCAUUCGCCAGCGUUCGCUACGCUACCAGCAGAACCGCCUGCGGGCCAUGUCUUCUUCCUCAGACAGCCCAGCCAGCAACCCCUCCAGCUCCAUGGACAACAGUGAUGUAGACUUUGAGGAACUGGAUGAUAAUGGAGAUCGAGCGAGGCAUAGGACGCCACGAAACGCCAGAAUGUCGGCGCCCUCACUGGGUCGCUUUGUCCCACGGCGCUUCCUUCUUCCAGAGUACCUGCCAUAUGCGGGGAUCUUCCAUGAGAGAGGACAGCCUGGUCUGGCUACACACUCCUCUGUUAACAGAGUACUAGCCGGGGCAUCGAUUGGAGACGGCCAGUCUGCAGUUGCCAGCAACAUUGCCAACACUACCUACCGUCUGCAGUGGUGGGAUUUCACCAAAUUUGACCUGCCCGAGAUCAGCAAUGCCUCAGUCAAUGUUCUGGUGCCAAACUGUAAGAUCUACAACGAUGCAAGCUGUGACAUCUCUGCAGACGGUCAGCUGUUGGCUGUCUUUAUCCCCAGCAGUCAGCGUGGUUUUCCAGACGAGGGCAUCCUGGCUGUCUACUCUCUGGCCCCCCACAACCUGGGAGAGAUGCUCUACACCAAGAGAUUUGGUCCAAAUGCUAUCUCUGUCAGCCUGUCUCCAAUGGGCUGCUAUGUGAUGGUUGGCCUAGCAUCUCGUAGGAUCCUGCUGCACCCCACCACCGACCACAUGGUGGCGCAAGUCUUCCGCCUGCAGCAACCACAUGGUGGAGAGACCUCCAUCAGGAUGGUGUUCAAUGUGGUUUACCCCAUGGCUCCAGACCAGAGACGCCACGUCAGUAUCAACUCAGCUCGCUGGCUACCAGAUCCUGGAAUGGGCCUGGCUUAUGGAACUAACAAGGGAGACCUGGUCAUCUGCCGACCUGUGUUCUAUCGUAGCGAUGGUGAGAGCCCAGGAGAAUCAAGCAGCGAACCUUUAUUCUCUGUCAACAACAGUGGAACCAGCCGGACCCGUGGCUCUGACAGACCAGGGCCAAGUCGCUCAGGCUGGAGACUGGACAGAGAUAUGGGUUUGAUGAACGCAAUUGGUCUCCAGCCCCGUCAUCCCGCCCCUUCAGUGACAUCACAAGGAACUCAGACACCAAUCAUACAACUACAGAACGCCGAGACGCAAACAGAGAGGGAGCUAUCAGAGCCCAGUGUCUCCCAGCCUGCACUCACAGAUGGCCGUCAUGAUGGUCCAUCCACAAGCCGUUUUCCUGAGGGGCAGGGUGAAGGUUCCCAAACCAGCAGAGCCCAGGAUGGGUCCCAGGGGGACGCCUCAGCAGAAGCAAAUUCAUCCACAGCAAACAGUGGAGAGUCUUCGGAGUUCAGCUCAGGGGAAGACGCUCUAGCACGAAUCCGCCGACUGAUUGCUGAAGGUGGUAUGACUGCCGUGGUCCAGCGGGAGCAGAGCACCACCAUGGCCUCCAUGGGAGGCUUUGGAAACAACAUUAUCGUCAGCCAUCGCAUCCACCGUGGCUCCCAGACGGGCACAGGUUCCAACCGGCCUGCUACCGACCCUUCCAUGACCCCUUCCUCCUCCUCAGGUCCUCUCCUCCUCACCUUGCCCCAGGCUCAGACCCAGCCCUACCCCCAUCCUCAGGCCCAGGCCCGUCCCCAAAACUCCAGCCCCUCUGAAGACCAGCUGGCACCCAUGUGGGGUUCCACGGUCCUGCCUGAACCCCAGCCCUCUGGCCUCUCUCUGGCUGUCGACAUGGACGAUGUUUUUGAUGGAGGACGGAUGGACGAUGACUCCCUACCAGGUCCUUCCUCUUCCUCCCUGCUCUUGUCUUCCCCCUCUUCAUCCUCCUCUUCUUCGUCGUCUCAUAGUCCUCUCCCCAACAGCAACAACAGCCAUGUGAGCCCAAACGGUUACCCUGGCGACCCUUACAGCAGGUAGUUAUCCUAUUGGCCAGGAGAAGCAGAGCAUUGACCAACAUCACAAUGGGCGCUCCUCUAAGCCUUAACUCUCAAAGAAUGGGUGCUGCUUCGACUCUGCACAGGGUCUCACGCCUGGAAAAGAAGGGGCACAAGCCCACAUCCCAUCCAGCAACCCAGUCUCCCCACCCCCAACUGACCCCCCCCACCCUUCGAUGGCAUUGCUGUGCACUUCCUCUGCACUUACAAACUGGACUGAAGCUGAACCGCGAUCAUUCCAUGUCAGAAAGGGCUUCUACUUGAAUGAAGGCCAGCCAACGCUGAGCUUCUCUCUGCCCGUUUCUUAAAUAUCAGCAAGAUGGAAGACAAGGUUCCUCUCAUCAAAGUGCCAUGUAGGGGGGCUUGGCAUCUCUUUCUCACGCACACACACACACACACACACACACACAAACACUUACUCCGAUGUGCUGCAUUCAGUGCCAUGUGAUAUUGAAUAUGAUGUGAAGUAGUGCGUGAUUAAAGUGUUCAAAACAGUGAAUUCAGCACAACUUUAUUUUGGAACCUGUUUUAUACCAUGUGUAAUUACAAUAUCUGAUCAUUUUGAAACUUCUUGGAGGCUGUCUGCCUGUGGCUGGACUCUGCAUCUUGGCCUGCAGAGAUGGAGGACGUUAACCCUGUGAUAAUGUGGAAAUCAAUCAAUGAUAACUGUACGGACAAAUGAGACUGAACUAACUGAUCUACUGCAUGUUUUUUCAAUAAUGCUGCAGUUCGUAUUUCCCAACAAAACAAAAGAUAAUAUUAAAGGCUGAACAGGAGAAGAACUGUUUUCUGUGGGGGGAGGAGACUUGACACACACAUCCACACACAUGCACACACACACCCCCCUCCCAGUUGCACUAUGGUGUGUGUUUGCUGAGAGAAGGCGAGCCACCUGGGCCGGGUGGUUGUGUGUGCGCAUCUGUGCAUGUUAGAGUGUAUGUUUGUUGUAGUAUUGGUUGAUAGACGUGUGUCUCUGGGCUUUCACAAAGGACUCCACAACAACAGUCCUGCACCCUUAAACCCAUUGUUCUCAAUGGCUGACGCUGUGCAUUGAUUAAUAUUUCAGCGCACCAAGCGAAAAGGUAUGCACACACCAUCUCCUGUGUGUCAGCCGCAUGUGUGUAGUAGUGCUAGUUUUUGUGUUUGUGUGUGUUAGUGGGGAGGGCAGGAGGCACAUGUAGCAUCUCUGGAUUCAGUUUUUAUUUUGCCUGAGGGCGUGGCCUGUGGGAAUGAAAACCGUGGGGGCGAGGCUUGCAACAACUCGCCCUGCCCUCCCUUCCCCUCCUCCCUUCCCCUCCUCCAUUUCCUGAACUUGGAAAACCACAAAGAAAACUUGAAUUUUUUGAUCAAGCGCUACUUUUCCUUUCUAGCCUGAAAUGAACUGUAUAGCCCUACAUAACUCUGCUGUUGUUUUUUUUUUGUUUGUUUUGUUUUUUGUUUUUUUGUUUUUUACACAUGUGCUUUGCCCAAAUGCUUUAGAGGGUCAUGUACUGAUGUACUGAUAGUGUUUAAGUUGUCUAUGUGUGCGUUUGGGAUGGAGGGGUGGGGUGGGAUGGGGUGAGGGACUGACACCACAUUGUAAGUAAUGGACCUAUGAAAAUGAAGAUGUAAGGAGGGAGAGCCCUGAUCGGAGCUGUCCAGUGAGACUUUGCGUCAUUCAAAGACAAAGCUGUUUACUUUUUAUUUUUUAUUUAACCUUUUUUUUCUGCAGGUUAGUCCAGUUGAGAUCAGGGAUCUCUCUUUCCGGGGGCGACCUGGCACGGACAGCUGCUGCAUGUAAGAAAAAAAAAAAUCUGCUCACUCUGUUAGUGACGUACAGAGAAGGACUCAGAAAAAGACAAGUGGAAGAAAAAGUUGCAGCAGGUUAAAAAGAACCAACUGAUCUGAAUGCUCCUCCUGGCUUUACUUGAUUAAUGAACAUUUAAAAAAGAAAAAAAACUUUUUUUUUUUUUUUUUUUGGCUGAUCUCAUGUCUGUUUUCUCUGUGUGAGUGUGUGUGUUUGGGUUGUGGGGGUUGAUGCACGCCCCUUGUCCUGUGAAUGGUUAACAGUAUCACCACACUGACAGCAUUGCAACCGGAAUACAAAGGUACAUUUGUCUCACCAAAUAUCCCUGCUAUGUCAAACUAGCAAGUUUGUACAAUUCAGAUGCUAUUCUUUGCUUUGACUUUUACGUGAUGUAAUUAAAGAGCUUUGAGAGUUU